GUCAUUCAAUUCAAUCCCAAUAGUUAGUCUCUUCCCACAAGAGAAAGAAAAAAAAAAUUCCACAGAACUCUGACACCCCAAUAUAAAUUUUGCGCCAAGCUUGCUUGUCCCUUUUGUUCCAUGCACAACCAACAAGAGAACACAACGGAAUCAUUUUCCUCACAUUCUCCAUUAUACAUUGUGUACACUAAACUCCACUACUACUGACAAAGCAAAUAUACUCUGUUUUUCCAAUCCCAAUCCAUGGCUGACACUAAUGAAAUCAGCUCAGAACAUCACCGAUUCGGCCUGCCCGGGUUCCGAUUCCACCCGACCGAGGAAGAGCUGGUCGAAUUCUACCUCAAGAACGAGAUCUUCGGCAAGAAGCUCAUCAGCCUCGACGUCAUCGGCUACCUCAACAUCUACCGUUACGACCCCAGGGAGCUUCCCAGAUUGGCGAAGACGGACGGGGAGAGGGAGUGGUAUUUCUAUGUCCCGAAGGACAGGAAGCACGGGCGGCCGAACCGGACGACGGAGAAAGGGUUCUGGAAGGCGACCGGGUCGGACCGGAAGAUCUGGCGGCUGUCGGAGCCCAAGCGGGAGAUUGGGCUGAGGAAGACUCUGGUUUUCUACCAGGGCAGAGCUCCACGAGGGACCAAGACCGAUUGGGUCAUGAACGAGUACCGCCUCCCUGACUCUUCAGCUCUUCCCAAGUUCUAUUGGACGACGACGCACAUGUCGAGGAGUUUUCUGGUCCAUCGCCGAGACAUUGUCUUGUGCAAGAUCUACAGGAAGGCAACUUCUCUGAGAGUCUUGGAACAGAGGGCAGCAAUGGAAGAACAGCAACAACUACAGCAACAACAACAAUCCUUCAUGAACAGUAACCUCAAUCCAUUAUUAUCAUCAUCAUCAUCCCCUUCACUAGAUACCACCACCAUGUCCAUGUCGCCAGGCCCAUGGGCCACAGCGUCCGGCCCGCUCCAGGACGGCCCACUUCAAUACCCGAACCCUGGGCCUCCCGAGGUUGUGAACCGACACGUGGCCUUUAUGAUGAAGACGGAAGCUGCUGAUAUGUCCACCAACUACGAUGGUGGUUAUUAUGAUGAUGGCGGAAGUGAGGACUACAAAACGGUGCCGUCUGCUGCUGACGUCGUUUCAGCUUCUUGUACGUUGCUGCAGCAGUUCCCACCGGCGGCCGCGGCCGCGGCCGGGGAGGGAAAGGUGAUGAACCAUUGCAAGUUGCCGGAGCUUCAAGUGCCGAGCAAGCUGAGCAGUACGAUGGGGGAUUGGAGCCAGGACCCUUUUUGCUUGAUCAGCCCUUGGCUACAUCAGAACUUGACCCCUUUGGCUACUCUCUUAAACUUGUAAUUAAUUAAUUAAUUAGAUGGUUUAUCUUAGAAGUAAUUAGCCUUAAUUAUGUAUCCGUCGAAACGACCGACCUUGAAAAAUUGUAACAAGUGAAGACACUACACAUCUACAUAUUAUGAUUUUCUAUAAUAAAAUGUAAUCUGGCCUUUAGAUCAUGGGCUUUUUGUCCCAACUUAGGCCCCAAUGGGUUUGUGCCAUUGGACUAGCGUGAUUCGGGCCCAAGCCCAUAAAUCAUAC